AUGGUGCAUAUCCGGCCUCCAUCCCCGCUCUCACCUGGAGAUACUGCCAUCCCGACGGAGGAUGGCCUGCUGGCAGCAGCGCGGGAGAUGCGUGAGGAGGAAGAGGCGGAGACUCCCGCUGAGAAGGCCGAGGAAGAGAUGAUCGAAAGGGAGCGACCGUACUCCAUCUUCAGGCCAUGGGAGAAAUGGUUCAUUGUAUUCAUGACAUCAAUGGCUGGGAUCUUCUCCCCCCUCAGCGCGAACAUCUACUUCCCCUCUAUCCCAGUCCUUGCUGAGGCCUUUUCCGUCCCAAUCGAAUCUAUCAACAUCACAGUGACGGUCUACAUGAUUCUGCAGGGGAUUUCGCCCAUCAUCUGGGGGAGUCUAGCGGACUCCGCCAUCUGUGGUCGAAGACCGGUGUACCUGAUGUGCCUGUUUCUCUUUUGCGUCACUUGUGUGGGGCUUGCAGUAACCCCUACGAGCAUGUACUGGCUCCUGCUCCUCAUGAGAUGUCUCCAGGCUGCAGGAUGUGCAAGCGUGAUUGCCCUGGGUGCUGGAACAAUUAUGGACAUUGCCUCUCGCGCCGAGCGAGGCACGUAUCUCGGUGUGUCCGCCUUGGGUCCUAUGAUCGGCCCUGCUAUCGGGCCGGUCGCUGGUGGUCUACUUGCCGGAGAACUAGGCUGGCGAUGGGUCUUCUGGUUCAUGUGCAUAGCGUGCGGCUUUGUUCUCGUCCUAGAAUUCAUCUUCCUCCCGGAAACUCUUCGCGCGAUCGUUGGGGAUGGAUCCAUCGCCCCUCCUCGCAUGAACCGUCCGUUGAUCCCCAUUCUGGGCCGAGGCCGGAAGAACAUGCCUCUCACCACCAGCAAGCGGGAAGCAGCGCGCAGUAACACGCCCCUCGAUACUCUCCGCCUGCUGAAAAACUUGGACCUUGCCAUUAUCCUUGCUACUACGGCGAUCCCUUACUCUGUCUUCUACGCAAUUAUUACGUCCACUUCGCCCAUCUUCUUGAACGUCUUUCCCUGGCUGUCCGAGGUAGAUCUCGGGUUGUGCUUCCUUGCAAAUGGGAUCGGGAGCUUGUGCGGGAGUAUCACCAGCGGGCGUAUCCUAGACUGGGACUGGGCGAGAGUAAAGAGGCACGCGAAGGAGAAGGGCGUAAGCGAAUACGAAUAUGUGGAGCAUGCGAGGCUCAGGACGUCGCCCGUCUACUGGCUUAUGUUUGUGGUAUUCACCAUUGCUUACGGUUGGACAGCUUCUUUUCACGUUCAUAUCGCUGUGCUGCUUAUAUUCCAGUUCUUUGCGGGAUGGGCCUUAUCAGGCAUUUUCACUUCCAAUCAAACACUUAUGAUGGACCUCUUCCCUGGAAGAGGCGCAUCUGUAACGGCCUGUAACAACCUCGUCCGCUGUCUCACUGGUUCAGUGAUCGUCUCAGUUGUAGACUUCAGCAUUACGAACCUCGGAGCAGGGUGGACAUUUACGAUCUUGGGGCUAGCGACUGCUGUGACGGCAUGGCCGUUAACCUUAAUAGAGUGGAAGUACGGGAAAGGCUGGAGGAAGCUCCGAGAGGAACGAAUGGCAAAGGGAGGACACGAUUAG